AUGGAGUUGGAUUACAACCGGGUACUUAGCGGCCGAACAGUACCCAGUUGUAAUCCAAGCUACUGUUCUAACAACCAGAUUCCAUUUGCAUUUCAUUUAGGAACCGGGCUUGUACCAUGUCUCCCGAACAAUCUCAAUGACCACUUCGAGAAGAACCUAUUUGAAAACAGUCUAAUGCCACAUCUGACUCAACAGCUCCGAAAAGGUCUUGCAUUGCCCUUCUCAAUCCGACAGAGAGUGGUAGUAUUAGCGAUCCUCUUGAGGUGUUUAUCGCACAUCCAUGCACCUCCGAACCAGGAAAGGAGCGACUACGGCUACUACUCCUAUUUCUGCGAUGAAUAUCCGAAACUUCUAUUUCUCAUUCACAAAUCCAUCUUUGUUCAUGCUGCUAACUCUGGGUUUUAG